CCCGCGCAGCCGCCUCCGGCCUCCGGCGCCGCGCAUCCAGGAAGCGGGCAGCGGGGUCGCCAUGGCCUCGCCAUCGGCUCAGCAGCUGGAGGAGGACGACAGCCUGAGGGGCUGCGAGCUCUAUGUGCAGAAGCACAGCGUCCAGCAGGUGCUCAAGGACUGCAUCGUGCAGCUUUGCAUCUCCAAGCCCGAACGCCCCAUGAGGUUCCUCCGGGAGCACUUCGAGAAGCUGGAGAAGGAAGAAAACCGACAGAUCCUGGCGCAGCAGAAGUCGGCCUCCCAGUCGGACUCGCGCGAUGAGGAAGUGUCCCCGUCGCCGCCCAACCCGGUGGUGCAAGCCCGGCACCGGCGUGGGGGAGUGAGUGCCGAGGUGUACACAGAGGAGGAUGCCGUGUCCUACGUGCGGAAGGUCAUCCCCAAGGACUACAAGACCAUGAUGGCCCUGGCCAAAGCCAUCUCCAAGAACGUGCUCUUUGCUCACCUGGACGACAAUGAGAGAAGUGACAUAUUCGAUGCCAUGUUUCCUGUCACACACAUCGCUGGGGAGACCGUCAUACAGCAAGGGGACGAAGGGGAUAACUUCUACGUAAUCGACCAAGGGGAAGUGGAUGUGUAUGUGAACGGAGAGUGGGUGACCAACAUCAGUGAAGGCGGCAGCUUCGGGGAGCUGGCCCUCAUCUACGGCACCCCCAGGGCGGCGACUGUGAAGGCCAAGACGGACCUCAAGCUCUGGGGCAUCGACCGGGACAGCUACCGGCGCAUCCUCAUGGGCAGCACGCUGAGGAAGCGCAGGAUGUACGAGGAGUUUCUCAGCAAGGUCUCCAUCCUGGUGUCCCUGGAGAAGUGGGAACGUCUGACUGUGGCUGACGCCCUGGAGCCCGUCCAGUCUGAGGACGGAGAGGAGAUCGUGGUCCAGGGGGAGCCUGGGGACGACUUCUUCAUCAUCACGGAGGGCACGGCCUCCGUCCUCCAGCGCCGCUCCCCCACCGAGGAGUAUGUGGAGGUGGGGCGCCUCGGGCCCUCCGACUACUUCGGGGAGAUCGCGCUGCUGCUGAACCGGGCCCGGGCGGCCACCGUGGUGGCCCGGGGGCCCCUCAAGUGCGUGAAGCUGGACCGGCCCCGCUUCGAGCGCGUGCUGGGCCCCUGCUCCGACAUCCUCAAGAGGAACAUCCAGCGCUACAACAGCUUCAUCUCCCUCACCGUCUGAGCCGCCGCUCCUGAUGCUGUGGCAUGCACGUCCGGUUGAGGCUGGCAGCUGGCCACCGCCCCUCCCUCAGGCCCACCUGGGAGUAAAGGGGUCACCUCCAGAGCGGGCGGGCCCCUCCCCGUCUCCCUUCCCCGUCCCCCACUGGCUCCUCGGAAGCGACCCGCCUUCCUCCCCACGUCUUCUGGGGUCGGGGCCCAGCUCUGGGAGGCUCUCCCCUCCGGUCAGGCUGGGUAGCUCCCAGCGGCAGACCCCUGUGAUGCGAGGCCACCCGCUCUGUGGCCAGGGUGUGGGGCGAUGACAUCCCAGGGGCUCCUCACAGGCACUCGUGGGCUUGGAGUGAGAA